AAGCCAUGUUGCGACAGCCUCAAACUUGCAAACUUGCAAACUUGCACCUGCGCCUUACCGAGUCGAACAGACAACCUCGAUUUGAUCCUGUGUCGACAGCAUUACCUCGUUCGUUACUUGAUCAGACAGAAUACCCCCAUCUGUAUACCACCACUCGUUGACUAAAAUACGCCUUUGUCUCGCGCUCAUAGACAACAUGGCAAGCAUAGCCUUGACGCCCUGAGAUUACAUUGAUCCAGUUGGCAGCAGCCGAUUUCGCAAGUCGACACCGUUCGUUUUUACCCAUCGACUGCCCACAAUCUUGACUAUGAGCACCACGAUGACCCAGAGCUCAGAAUCCAAGACUGUCAUCCAGCGAUCCUUAUCUCCUCACAAAAACCCUGAGAACCAAUACAACAGAGAACGAUUUCCAUCCUUCGACGCCGGUGGAAGUGAACCUCCGCUCAACAACUCCAAUGGUUCCGCAAUUGUCGACAGCCCUUCUGAUUCCUCUCCUUCGCUCGGACAAUUUCCCCACCCCGACUUCAAAUGGCCCUCGCGAAAGGCGAGCCAGAGGUUACGCGAUGCCCGACCACCAGGGGUGUUUGGACAUCGAUCUAAGAGAAGUGUCAGUGAUGCAAUCAACAAGUUCCGUACCCGACAGGGGAGUGUCAGUGAGAAUGCGCAGGAGUUGGCCGAGGCCUUGAAAGCACCGGUCUCUUACAAACUCAUUAUUCUUUGCAUCGUUUGGUACAUGACAUCAGCCUUGACCAACACAUCUUCAAAGUCCAUCCUGAACGCAUAUCCAAAGCCGGCCACAUUGACAAUUCUGCAGUUCUUCUCGGUCUUUACCUGGUGCAUCAUCCUGACGAGUCUGUCGUCCCUCUUCCCGAGUCUGAAAAACAUGAUUCCUGCACUUAGGAAUGGGCUGCGACGGCCCACCUGGGAUGUCAUCUAUACUGCUCUUCCUCUUUCGGUCUUUCAACUAUUGGGCCAUUUGCUGAGCUCCUAUGCAACGGAGAAGAUUCCAGUCUCACUGGUACACACUAUCAAGGGUCUAUCGCCCCUCUUUACCGUCUUGGCCUAUCGUGUUGUGUUUCGUAUUCGGUACAAACGAGCGACAUAUCUAUCACUUGUGCCGCUGACGCUGGGAGUCAUGUUGGCAUGCUCGACGGACUUUUCCACCAACUUCUGGGGCAUCACAGCCGCGUUCAUUGCGGCCAUUGUUUUUGUGACGCAAAACAUCUUCUCCAAAAAGUUGUUCAAUGAAGCGUCGCGUGCAGAAGCUCACAAUCAACUCCACCCCUCACGAAAAUUGGACAAGCUCAACCUACUCUGUUAUUGUUCCGUCGGGGCUUUUAUGUUUUCGGCUCCGGUCUGGAUUUACACCGAGGGAUUUGAGAUUCUCCAAGAUGUCUGGAGAGACGGGUCCCUCUCCCUGUCAGCCAAGAAAGACACACUCGACCAUGGCGAACUAUUGUUGGAGUAUGUUUUUAAUGGAAUAUUCCAUUUUUUCCAAAACAUUAUGGCAUUUGUUCUGCUAUCGAUGAUGUCACCGGUAUCCUACUCUGUGGCUUCACUGAUCAAACGGGUCUGGGUUAUCAUUGUGGCAGUCAUCUGGUUCCGUAGUUCAACCACGAAGGUGCAACUGUUGGGCAUCGGAUUGACGUGCGUCGGUCUGUAUCUUUACGAUCGGACCAGUACAGAGGAUGCUGCAGAGAGACGAACAAAAGCUGAUCAUUUCCGUCACAAAUCGGCGUUAUUACCAGUGACAGAAGUUCAGACGCCUGGAAUUCACCAAGGCUAUCCCAGGAUUGACGGAAGAGGGGACUCGCAAGGCAAGAGAGAUGACAGUCAGAAUCGAGGGGCUACUGAGGCAAAGCAUGGCUGGUUGGCCCCAGGAACCAAGCAGGAAACUACCUGGAAUGGCGGGGAGAAGUCAUAAAUGAUGAUUGAUAUGUACCACUAAUUGAACGCACAGCUUCGGCGUCAGGAGCGAAGGGUUUGGGCAUUUCGGAUAUUUGAGUAGCAAUGAUCUGAAGAUACACGUGAAACCCCUAGAUUGAUAGAUCUGAAAGUCUGCGAAUUGUGCCAAAG